GGUUAUAGUACACCAUGUCCAGAACGUAGUGUGGAAGUCGAAGUACCAAAUUCUGUCAAAAUAGGAGAUAGUGUAACCCUCGUUUGCAAUUAUAAACCCAAAACCAAGGAAGAUGUACUCAUUAAUGUACGUUGGUUUAAAGAAAAUGACGAAUUCUAUCGAUUCACACCAGAUGAGAAGCCUCCCAUGAAAGUAUUUAUUCUGCCUGGAAUAACUGUUGAUGAAAAGAGAAGUUCCGCUAAAACAGUGGUACUGAAAAAUGUGCAAAACCAACUUACAGCAAAUUAUACCUGCGAGGCCAGUUGGACUGUACCGAACAUCGCAACUGCUAAAGCUUCGAAACAGAUGUAUGUAGUUGAUGAAUUAAAAGGUGAGCUUAUACUAACAGUGGAAAACGAUAGUCCUGUUUUUGGCGAAGUGCUACACGGAGUAUGUAUUACUCCUCCAUCUGUAAUUGCGCCAACUUUUACAUGGUUCUUGAACGGACGUCAGGAUUAUAGCUGGUCUUCUCAAGCAAGAAGAAAAAAUAGUAAUGUUCCAAAACGGUUUACCUCUUUUUAUAACCAAAGAGUUGCUUUUGUAGAGGACCGUGCCAAUCUAACAUGUGUUGUAAACAUAGAUCAUAUUUUCAAAAUACAAAAAUCAAUUAUAUUGAAAAAAAAUGAUAAUCAAAGGGGAGAUUAUUUUAAUAGAGACUACCAAGUGAUGUCUGGUAAGUUUUUUCAUUUAAAAUUGUAA